AUGGUUGACAAAGCCUCUUCCUCCAAUAGACAGCAGAGCAGAUUGCCCAAGUCUCUACAAGUUUUCUGUGCCUUGCUAGCCGUCGUGGGAACUGCUGCGGUUGUUUCUGAUGAUGUUCGGAGGUCCGUUCAACAGUUGAUUGCUGGCGAAAACGCGGCGAUUGACACUUCCAAUGGUUUUCAACGACGACGAUUGACCGCGGAAAACGAUGGCUCUACCAUUGCAGUAUUUGUCUCCAAUUCUGAAUCUCCUAAUGCCAACAAGUUGAAACAAGACUUGAAGCAGUCCUCGUUGGUGAGCACUGUUGUGGAGUUGAACGCCAAGUUUACCACGCUUCCCAAUUUUGUGUUGCCAGCUUGUAACAAAGGGCAGUCUCGCUAUGACGAAUUUCAAUCUACGCACCCACAUCUGGCAGUGGAGUUGCUCAAAUAUUGUGCUUUGGCUCAAAAUGAUGGCGGUUUGUUUGUGGAUGCUGACAGUCCCAUGUUGACAACCUUGGAGGAUUUGCUGGGCGAAGAACUGCCCUACAAUAUUGCACUACUCAAUGACGAAUAUGUGUCUCAAGCGAUUCACGGGGCCUUGCUCUAUCUGAAGGAUGGGACUAUUGCCAAACAAAUGGUCGAAGUUCUUACAACAACUUCCCUGGACGUGUUGAAAGCAUCUCCACUCCUAAUUACAAAAAGUCUAUAUGAUGCCAUUGCCGCAGAUGCCAAAGUUGGAACAUUGGUUCCUGGUACCGUAAGCAACGGUUGGUACCUGCUGCAACACAAGUGUACCAUCAAUCCUCUCGGAGGAAGACAGGUCUCUGCUCCCAUUUCAAGUUAUGCGUUGAACACCUAUCGCUUGAAUCAAAAUUGCCCAGAAGCAAACGGCUUUUGCUGCAGUAUCUUUGAUCCUCAAAAGUACACCACGCACAUGAUGACCAAACAUUUGAUGCUACCGUAUCAAAUGCUUCCGCAUCCAAAGGAUCUUCCCAAACCUCUUAAUGCUGAGGCUGGACACUACGAAGAAGAUGAUCUGCCAUAUAUUUCUACAAUCUCGGAAAAGGUCUUGGAACGACCGGAGCAGCCAUUGAUCACGCCGAACUUUUUCGAUAUCCUGCUGCAGAAUGAUUGUUUGCCUUCUGAUAAGAAGUGCAGUGACUGCUUACGAGAUAAGAAGGGUGCUAAUUGUCAAAAAUGUGCUUCGGCGUGUCCGUGCUAUUGUAAGACUCUGUGUCACACACCCGUGGAGGAAAAAUUUAUCUCGAAAGAGCUAGUCAUUCGGCCACCUUUGUAUGCGCGAGAUCCUUCUCGUCUUAUUCCAAAAAUUAUUCACCAAACAUGGUUCGAAGAUGUGACACAAGAAAAGUACCCCAACAUGAGCCGUCUCAUUGAAUCCUUCAAGAAAUCAGGUUGGAGUUAUGUUUUCUACACGGAUGAAGAGGCUCAAAAUUUCUUGUCAACCCACUUUCCUCCAGAAGUGAGACAAGCUUAUGAUACUUUGCGACCGGGGGCCUUUAAGGCUGACUUGUUCCGGUAUUGUGCACUAUUGAUUCAUGGAGGUGUCUAUGCCGAUAUGGACAUUAUGCUCGAGACGAAUCUGGAUUUGGCAGUCGAACCUGACAUUGGUUUUAUGGUUCCCCAAGAUGAGCCCGGUACACCAGUCGAAACUCGAAUGUGUCUUUGGAAUGGUCUUAUCGCCUCUGCUCCUGGCCAUCCUUUCUUGGCCAAGGUCAUUGAAACUGUUGUCAACAAUGUUCGAAAUCGAUUCACUUCCGUUGAUGUCGACAAUCUCUUUUGCCCGGAUCCCGAACUUUCUAUUCUUCAUGCAUUCGAUACUCUCUUCACAGCAGGUCCAUGUAUUUUGGGAGCAAUGAUAAACAAAGUGCUUGGACGUCACGGACAGACUCCAUUCAAGGCUGGUGAAAUCGAUAUCUGGGAGGCUAGCAAGGAACAAGCAUUGGCAAAGAAACAAGAGUUUGUCAUUGGAGUUGAAGACAAACCUAGCAUGCGAAUUCCUGGACGAACGAUCAUUUUGCACCAAGACAAAUGGGAUAUGGGAGCCCAUAGAUUCACAUUCUUGGAAAAGAACCUUGUGGUGGCAGCCACAGAUCUACCAGAUGCCGAUGAUAGGGCGAACCAAGAGAAACCACCAGAGCACUACAGCAAGACACAUGUCAAGGCAGGAAUCUAUGGUCUUGAACGGUUAUACACGGAUAAUAUCAAAGCAAACGAAGAGCUUCGAUUCUAUGUCAACGCACAAUGGAAAGAGCGUCAGACGACGACAAAGAGCUCAUAA